AUGGAGCAAAUAAAGAAGACAUUUGAGAAAUGCAAGGAGGAGAAGAGAUCCGCCCUCGUGGCGUACGUCACAGCGGGGUACCCCGAGGCCAGCGAGACGGUUGAUAUCAUCCUUGCCAUGGAAGAUGGUGGUGCAGAUAUAAUCGAGCUUGGAGUUCCGUUCACAGACCCCAUUGCCGAUGGCCCUACUAUUCAGCGCGCAAACACUCAGGCUCUUAAGAAUGGAGUCACUGUCACUUCUGUCCUUGAGAUGAUUAAAACUGCCAGGAGGAAGGGACUCAAGGCCCCUGUGCUGAUGAUGGGAUACUAUAACCCCCUAUUACAGUAUGGUGAAGAGAGAAUGUUGAAGGAUGCCAAAGCCGCGGGAGUCAAUGGUUUCAUCAUGGUUGACUUGCCACCAGAGGAGGCCGUGCGGUUCAGAGAUCUGUGCAAAAAGGAAGGACUCUCUUAUGUCCCAUUGAUUGCACCAGCUACUUCCGAGGCUCGUAUGAAGCUUCUCUGCGGGAUUGCCGACUCUUUCAUCUAUGUCGUCUCUCGAAUGGGUGUCACUGGCGCCACCGGUACCUUAAGCACUGGCUUGCCAGACUUGUUGAAGCGAGUACACACAUACUCUGGAAACGUCCCUGCUGCUCUAGGAUUCGGCGUCAGCACAAGAGAGCACUUCCUUGAAGUUCAGGGUAUUGCAGAGGGUGUUGUUAUUGGCAGUCAGAUGGUGACUGUCCUGGGCAAUGCUGCUCCAGGUGAACGUCCCCAGAAGAUCCGUGAAUACUGUUCAAGCAUCACAGGCCGAACCGUCCAGCGUGGCCCUGUCCCCGAAGCAGCUGAUGAGCCUGGCCUUGCAGACCAGAUUGAGGCUCUUAAUGUCACUAAGAACCCUGCAGCUAUCCCUGCACAGUUCGGUGAAUUUGGAGGCCAGUUUGUCCCCGAAUCGUUGAUGGACUGUCUGGCUGAACUUGAAGCUGGAUUCAACGAGGCCAAGAAUGACCCGAAGUUCUGGGAGGAAUAUCGUUCUUACUACCCAUACAUGAGCCGCCCAAGCAGUCUUCAUCUUGCUGAGCGCCUGACUGAGCAUGCUGGUGGAGCUAACAUCUAUCUCAAGAGAGAAGAUCUUAACCACACAGGCAGUCACAAAAUUAACAACGCCCUAGGCCAAGUCCUUCUUGCCCGCCGCCUAGGAAAGAAGCGAAUUAUUGCUGAAACUGGUGCCGGUCAGCAUGGUGUCGCUACUGCCACUGUCUGCGCCAAGUUCGGCAUGGAGUGUGUCAUCUACAUGGGAGCAGAGGACGUUCGUCGCCAAGCCUUGAACGUAUUCAGAAUAAAACUGCUAGGUGCAUCUGUCAUUCCCGUUGAGGCUGGAUCACGUACUCUCCGUGACGCGGUCAACGAAGCCUUGCGCGCCUGGGUCGUCCACCUCGACACAACUCACUAUGUCAUCGGUUCAGCCAUUGGAGCUCAUCCUUUCCCAACCAUCGUCCGAACAUUCCAGUCCGUCAUCGGAGAAGAAACCAAGGUGCAGAUGAAAGAACUCACCGGCCGUCUACCGGAUGCUGUCGUCGCUUGUGUUGGCGGUGGAAGCAACGCGGUAGGCAUGUUCUACCCCUUCUCCAACGACUCCAGUGUCAAACUCCUUGGCGUUGAAGCCGGUGGAGACGGUGUUGACACCGCGCGCCAUUCGGCUACCCUUACAGGGGGUUCGAAGGGCGUGCUACACGGAGUCAGAACGUACGUCCUACAAAACGAACACGGCCAGAUCUCAGACACUCAUUCGAUUUCUGCUGGAUUGGAUUACCCCGGUGUUGGACCGGAGUUGAGUAACUGGAAGGACUCCGCUAGAGCCAAAUUCAUUGCUGCCACCGACGCGGAGGCUCUGAUUGGAUUCAAGACCAUUUCGCAGCUGGAGGGUAUCAUUCCAGCCCUUGAGUCUUCGCAUGCCGUUUACGGUGCAAUCGAGCUCGCCAAGACAAUGAAGAAGGGCGAGAACAUUGUGCUCAAUCUGAGUGGACGAGGUGACAAGGACGUGCAGAGCGUUGCCGAUGCUUUGCCAGAGCUUGGACCUAAGAUUGGCUGGGACCUGAGAUUUUAA